AUGAAGGCACCAGCGUGGCUAAGCUUUGCACGUGUAGGGAGGAGAAACUUUGGGAGUUCAUAUUUGACGAAGAAAUUGAAGACGAUAAACGACCGGGCUCUGAGGUACCAUGAGGAUUAUAUAAAAUCGUUAGAUAUUUUAGAAGGGAAGAAUAGAAGUGUAAUAAAGGAAAUUUUCCCGAACAAAAAAAGUGAAAUAAAUGAAUUGUUUUUUAAAAGAUGUGGAAGCUCCACUGGAGUUGAUACAUCUAAUGGAGUAGAAAAUUUGGACGAUGAUGUAGAUCUGUUGGAUCUGCAUAAAUCAGAAAAGCUUAAGUAUCAGCACGAAAUGAAAAGUAUGACAUUAGAUGAAUUCGGCAUUGUAAGAGUAGUACAUAACGACAUAUUGGAGGAAGAGGCAGACUGCAUGCUCAUCCCAAUGGUAUCAAACUUCGUACCCCUCAGCGGAUUUGGUGCAUAUGUACUACAUAGAGGUGGGAGAGAAUUAGUGAAGGAAAUAUUUAUCACGAUUAAGACAUUAAUUAAGAAACGAAUAGAUGUAUUAAAUGAACACAGAGAGGAAUAUCUAUCAGGAAGCCAAGACAAACUUAGUAGCGAAAAGGAAUUUAAGAAAAUGGUUGAAAAUGCAAAGUCGUUACAAGUAGGAGACGUUAUUUUGUGUAAGCCUCACAAUGUUAGUGACAAAGUAAAAUUAUUGGCCUUUUUAAUAAUGCCAUAUUUUUGGCAAGGAAAUAAUUAUGUGUCUUCAAACAAGUUAAGGUACUCUUUCGCUAGUGCGUUAAAACAACUAAAUGAGUUGUGCAUUUCUUCCGUCAUCCUACCUGAUAUGGCAUCGGGCAUUUAUGGGUAUGCACCAAGUAGCUCUAGUCACAUACUGCUAGAUGAAGCAGUUCAGUCGAUUCUACAAAUUGGUGCCACAGUCCCUCUGUACAAUUUGAAUUCCAUUUCUAUUGUUGAUAAGGAUAUAAAUACAUGCAGAACAUUUAGUGAGGCACUUGAAGAUGUGUCCAGAAAUUAUCUUCCUCACAAAAAAGUUCUUCCUGCCCCCAAAUACUGGAAUGUUGUGAAUAGGAGAUUGCUGGAAAUUCCAUCCAAUGUAGUAUACUUUUGUAGAAAGCAAAACAAAAUUUCUUUCAGAAAAUAUCAUGGCAUUAUCAGGCGUAAAUUUCAGCAUUAUUAUAGCAAUAUUAGGCCCUUUAAAUGGAGAGCAUCUAGGGUUAUCGAACCGAACCCAUUUCUUCUCUAUCAGAAAUCUGGGGAACCUAGCUCCUAUCAGUAUGGCCCCAAACCUUACUACUACAAGGGUGUCUCACACACUCUGUACAAUAUUGGUAAGAAGGGCUUGCUUAAUAUACGUGUUGGGCGCCAUGGAAGGUUACAGGCGCUAAAGAAAGUCUCUAGCAUUUCUCUCGAGACCAAGCCACGCCUUUAA